AUGUCUUCGAAAACAUCAAGAUCCUCAUCAAGAUUGACAUCGCGAUCAUCGAGUAAAGCUCCCCUGUCUCCCAAGAGCGAAGCGAAGAAGCUGUUCAAGAACCAGGCUGUCCGAGACAGCAGGAUCAAGUUGAUUAAAGAGAUACUCGAACGGGAUGAGGAUGCUCUAAGGGAAUAUAUCAUCAAAGAUUCCGAAGCUUUUUUCCAUCAAACACCGACACUCUUACAAGUUAACGCAGUCGUCAAUCUUGUCAAGAAACAGAACACCUUCGUCUUGUCUGGCACCGGUUCCGGAAAGACUCGAAUUGCGGAGAUGUAUCACCAUUUGUUUGCUCCUUCAACGAGGAAAGCAACAAUCCUUGUGUUGAAUCCACUUGACUCGCUGGGAGAGAAUCAAGUCGCUGAGAAAGAAAAGGAUGGGAUGACUGCGAUAAGUUUGACAAAGAUGACCUUUACAAAGAAAGUGGCCGACAAGAUAAUAAAAGGGGAUUACAGUUUUGUGUAUCUGAGUCCAGAGGUCUUCCUAAAUAACGGGUUAUUCAACUAUGUUUUCUACAAGAAGGAAUUUCAAGACCGUUUGGCUCUAGUUUCAGUUGAUGAAGGCCAUAUGAUCUAUCUGUGGGGGCUCGUAGCGAAGGGAAAAGCGAAACGAAGCUCAGCUCACACGCGAACACAAGAUCGAGGAAUCUUCAGACCGUCCUAUGGGAAUCUUGGAGCUCGACUGAUGGCAACCUACGGAGUUCCAGUGAUGCUUCUAUCAGCUACCUGCCGGCCGAUUGCAAUCAAGAGCAUCAUGAAGAGCUUGAAGAUGACAAACGACAACAUAACCUUUCUCCGCGAUGAAUUGACACGUCCCGAGAUUCGUAUCAUCCGAGUGCCAAUGAAAUGUUCUUUGAUUUCCGCAAACGAUCUGCUUAAUGUUCUUGGACCAAAACACGAAAUUGAAGAUAAAGAUAUUCCACCUACUCUUAUCUACUCUGGCAGCCGACAUGCCACAUUGAAGGUGAUGAAAGUCGUUAAUCAGGCCCGAGGAACUCCUGGAUGUGAAUACAAGCCACACAGCUCCAUCAUUCGCCGAUAUCAUGCUGCUAGCGGGGAAAAGGAGAAAAAGGAAGCGGUUAAUGAUUUUAAUAUGGGAAAGUUUCCUUGUAUGUCUUGUACGAUGGCGCUUGGACUUGGUCAGAACUGGAAACGUGUACGGCGAGUCAUUCAUAUGGGACGAGGAGACCCAUCAACGAUCUGCCAGAUGAUGGGCCGCGCUGGUCAAGACGGAAAAACGGGGCUGGCAAUUCUCAUGGUAGAGCCACAUCGCAAGUUUGGAAAGAAUUCUGUUGAAGAGUUUACUGGGGAGGACAAUCAAGAGGAUGACUGCCGGAUGGACGCGCUGGCUGUCACACCGAUAUGCCUACGAAUAGCAUUCUCAGUUGAUAACUUGUAA